AUGGCUCCGAGGGCAUCGAAGCGUCAGCUUGUAGCUACGUCUGACGGUGAAGUUGCUUCUGGUGUGAAUUUGAGAGAAACCGACACCAAUCCAUCUGAGAGAGCUACCAACCACGCAUGGGAAACACGCUUCGGAGCACUGGAGAUUCUGGCUGUGUAUACUGGGUCUGAGCAUGACGACGGAGGCUUACCAGGACGUGAAUUCGGGUUUGUAAGGUUGGUCGACGACGUCUUAUUUGGCGACACGGAUGAAGAAGACAGUAUCGAAGUGGAAUGGCUGGAGGAGGAGCGUCCAGCUGGGACCACUAGUGACGAAUUAGUGGCUGAUGAAAAACUAGUUCCCAAUGGUAAGGCUACUAAAACCAAGAAGGGGGGCAAAAAGGCCCGAAACAAGGGCAAAUACAAGGGCAAGCUCAGCGACGGAAAGAACGCGACCGAUGUGCAAACGGUGGGUGCUGAGCAACUGACGAGUGCGUCUGCCGGACAAACCAAGGUGUCUGGAGGGGAUGCAGAAGCCAAGCCAAAAGACAGCUACCUACUGCAGUACCACGGCGAUGGCUAUGGCUAUGCAUCCAUUGGCGCUAUCAUCUGUUCCGUAUCAGAUGUGGUCAGUGAAGAUAAGACGGGCGUGGUGAAGGUGCAGGAGAAAGCUCUGAAGUACGUGCGAGAUCGCCUAGAUGCGCAACUGAGUGACGACUACGACCGCUUUGUGGACGAGGCAAAGUACCCGGACUACACUCAGCGCAUGCGUGCAAGCGGCCGCAAACGCGUUAAGGUGGAGUUCAUCGCAGACAGCAAGAGUGACGGGGAUACGGCUGGUGCAGGUGGGCGCAAGGCAGCAAAGAGCCAGGGCAACCGCCUUGCUAGGUCGUCCAAGAGCCCAACAAAGCCUCGUACCAGCGGAGUGUCUGUGCGAAAGGGCAAGGCGGUGAAACGGGAGGACAUAUUGCAACCAAACUCGGAGGUGCAGGUGCAGCCAGACCCGUUUACAGUCAAAACGGGGAAGCUCAGUAUCUGUGGAGGCGAUAUCGAACGGUGUGGGAAAGAACUCAUACGAGCGUAUCGAUCUGGUGACUCUGCGGUGUUCAAAAAGCUGUGCAAAGGAAAGAGCACUGACGUGCAUUCACUGUAUGCCACUCAAAGUGUGGAUGUGCGCAAAACGGCUCUGGACUACGCCAUCGUAGCCGAGGAUAAGGCGGCUGUGGAUUUGUUGUGGGCUGCUAUGGCCGUGUCGAACCCCGUACUUGCUGAGCACCUCAAGUGCUCGCUCGUGACAGUCUCUACGGGAAAGCACACCAGCAAGUACGCAGACUACAACAGACGCAAGGUCAACAUGUCCCGAGGCGGCAAGGAGGGUAACAACGCCUUCGUUGCUGACCUGUCGAAUGGUCAGUACGCCAGUGACAAGUACAAAUGCCCGCCCAAUAACACCCAUCUAGUGGACCUUAUGUGCACCCAUGGCCCAGUUUCUUUGGACUUUUGGACCCAUCUGGACAAACUGAGGGAUGCGGAAAUGAUGAGUCAGCAAUUCGCAUCCGGCGCAAGCUUUGCGCCUGUGCAUGCGGCUGCAGCCAACAACCAUUCAGCGUAUCUGUCACAGUUGUUGGCUGUGGCGCCAGACAGUGUGCAGCUAGAGGACUCUCAUGAGGCUAACCUCUUGCACUAUGCGUGUGUGAGCUCUACAGGUCAUACACUGAAGUACCUGCUAGAUGGUAAGGGUACCGAACUUCAACGCAACAAACCCACACGCUUCGACAAGACCACCCCACUCAUGUGGGCAGCACGCGUGGCACGGGCACACAACGUAUCUCUCCUCUGCGCUAACCAGGACGAAACGAAGCUAUCCUCCAUGCACAGAGCCAUGAAUCGCCUGGGCUACACACCUCUGCACUUGGCCGUGGCUAGUUGGUGUAGUGGGCGUCUGGAGACAGUGAGAGCGUUGGUGGAGUGUGGCGCUGAGGUGGAUGUGCGUGCACACAUAACACGACAGAAUAAGACCACGCCACUGCUCAUGGCGGCGGCGAAGGGCGACCUUGAGAUGGUGCAGUUGCUAGUUGAACUCGGGGCAAACCCGGUCCUACGUGACAAACUGAAAAGGGGUGCGGUUAUACUUGCCGCCAAAAACGGACAUGCGCACGUCCUCUCUUACUUACUGCGCGUGGGAGUGGAUGCCAACGCACGCGACACCUCCGACAACACAGCCGCACACUACGCGGCGGCUUACGGAUGGCUCGAGUGUCUUAAGGUGCUGGUAGAUCAGGCUGAAGCCUUGCCGGACGAGCGCAACAACUGGGCAACCACGCCGGUGGGUGUUGCACUGAAGAAGAAUCGGUUGGCCUGUGCGGCGUAUUUGCUGCAGUUGGGCGAGAGAGUGGAUGUCAACAUUUGCGACAAGAGUGGGGAGUCUUUAUUCUGCACUGUCCUCAAGGUGUACGCCGAGGAUUUGGCCAACGUACCCCCAACCUUCAGCGGUGGUGGCAAGAACGCUCUAGCCGUGCCCUGGGUGGUGCAGCGUAUGUUGGAUCGCUCUGACCUUGACGUCACAGUAGCCGACGCACAGGGAAAUACAGCCCUGCACGCCCUCGCCUCGCGUUGCUAUGGCAACCAGACGGCCCGGGAGCGGAUUAUGGGACUGUACGAUGAGCUGCUCACGCGAGGGGCCAAUGCGUUGCAGCAGAACAACGAGGCGCAGGUGGCCGUUGGGUGUGUGUUAAAGCAGAAGACGUUCUGGCACACUCCCGUGGAGAAGUUGCUGAGACACGUGAAGCACGACAUCACCCCCGGCCCCCGAAGUGGCGGCAAUACGCUACUGCAUCUUCUUCUGAGCAAAAUUAUGGAUGCCACAUCCAGCGACAGCGGCAGCUUUAAACAGAUGUUCGGUACUUUGCGUGACACUUUGGGCGAGGACGUGUGCGGGCGAUGGGCUGAGACGGUUAACGAUGACGGCUACACUCCUGUACUGGUGGCGUUUGCUGCGGUACAGAAGAACUGGACCUCUUGCACACAUCCGUCUGUGCCGCUUUUAGAGUUUGUGGUGAGUGCUCUCCCGAGACACCUAGACGCGUGUGUGACUCGCACGGCAGCCUUCAGCGAUCUGGUUGUCAUGGCAACGCGCAUCGCGGCGACAACGGCGACAGAUUUCAGUCUGUUUGAGCGAGAAGGAGGUAGCGAGGACCAGAAGAAGAAUGGACGAUCAAACAACGCUGGUAAUCAGCGCCGUCGAUCAUUCUACCACUCAGAUGAUUCUGAUUCAGAUUCGUCUGGAGAUAGCUCAGACGCCAGUGACGCCGAGGAUGUCGACAGCAGCAUCAGCGGGUCUAAGCCAGGCACAGCACACACUCAGAUCAGAUGGCGUGUGAAGGACCAGUACACACCCCACGGCAACAUGAACGCGUUCCAUUUCACUACCUUGAUCCCAGAUGUGGGGUGGUGUACUGAAAUGUGUCUCGAGCUACUCAAAGCGAUCUCCAAGCCCAGAGCCAAGACACUACUGAACGCAAAAGCGGUACAUACCGGGACGACUCCCCUCAGCAACCUGUACAAGCUCACACACACACGCGAUUCAGCCGAGACCUCUGUGCGUACCAUUGCUCAGCUGAUGAAGACGUUGUGUGAUGUGGGUGCACAUGCUAUGCCUGUGUCUAACCCUUUCUUCGUAUCACUGGACGACGCCGUGGCUUAUCAGAGUGAGCCAGUGGAUGAGACUCAGCUGCUCAAGCGAAUUACGGCGUACCAGGCAGGCAUCGAUGCCAGUGCCAGUGCAAUGGACUUGGACGAGUCGGUAGAUAAGGAUGCAUCAGAGGAAGAGACAAUUAAAGAGGUCCUCCACACAUUCAUACUCAACAGAGAGAAAGCUAACAUAGCGGCCAUGGUACGCGACAAAACGCGCCGUCAGUUGCUAAGCAACCAGUUUAAUCCGCCGGUGCACUCGAUGCUCGCUCCAACCCUGUCUGUCAAAUCAGAGGUUAUCACUGAACUGGUUGUAGCGGAUGUGUGUCUUGAUCUAGAGAUAAAGAACCUGUCAGGACAAACGGCCCUGUUUGUGAGCGUGGCCAAUAAAAACAAAUGGUUCGCUGAAGCGCUGCUGAGCGCUGGGGCAGACGCAAAUGCGGUCAGCGAAGGAGAGACACCUUUGACCGUUGCGUGUGCCUUGGGCGACCUAUCACUCGUGAAGCUAAUGGUGGACAACAACGCAGAUGUGCACUACCAAACACCGCACAACGGCACCUGUCUACACGUCGCUGUGUUGCAACAGCACGAACAAGUGGUCCAGUUCCUGCUCCAAGCAGGCGUGGAUGUGGAGGGCAAGGACAGCCGAGCACGCACAGCCCUACACCACGCCGUGUCCAAGGUCAAAGGAGCCAAACAGAUGCUCAGGCCAAUUGAGGUCCAAUUACUCGAGGCAGGUGCAAGUGUAAAUGUCCAGGACAAGUACGAACGCACACCACUGCACUACGCAUUUGUCAGCACAGACCACGACAUGCAGUGUGACUUCCCGCCCAAGCCAGGCAGUAGUACGGUGGACCCCAUUGAUCUGUUGACUGCGUUCACAGCCACCAGUACAUUCAACCUCAGCACACGUGACAUGGACAACCGCAACAUUCUGCAUUUGGCGGCGGCUGUUGGCGCCACUGUGUGCGCCAUUUCAUUGGUCGAGAGAGACCCGACACUCGCCGAUCAGUUGGACUGCGAUGGCAACACACCACUCGCGUGCGCUAUAAUGAGUCAGAGGGCGCACUCGGCUAUUCUGCUGAUUAGCAAGGACGCCGGCCUGACCCAUCCUAUCCACAUAGUACGCAAAGAGUGGGUGGUCCAUAAGCAACCCAAGGCCACCCAAGUAGACAACAACCAAGCUGGACAAGCCAUCUCGUUCCCUCGUCCCCCCCAGCAACCCACCCCAAAACGGCAAAUACGUAUAGUAUCGAGAGAGACGCGCAGUCCACUUUACUGUGCACUGGAUGCGGGGGUUGAGUUCCAGAGUGUUGCCCGUUAUCUGCUGGCGCGUGGGGGUGUGAGUGUAGUGCAGGUGUUGCGAGAUCUGUUUGCGUGUGGUAAGUUUCAGUUGGCCCUGAAGCACAUCCGCGAGAGCCGCAACAGCGAGGAGUUGGCUGAGCGUGAUGCAGAAGGUAUGACAUUACUACACCGUCUGUGUGCCGCGAGUAGCUUCACACACUCUCCUGGCUUCGCCACUACCAUUGCACAGGCGUUGUUGGCCAAAGGCACGAUCGACGCCUCCGCUACGGACCACCGCCGCCGCACCGCGCUCCACGUGGCUGCCUUAUAUGGGCACGUAGAUCUCGUUAUCCUAUUGGUCGAGAAGUACAAGGUCAAUGCGGAUGCGACAGACACGACUGGGGGCACUGCGCUGUCACAGAUGUUGACAGGCAACAACCCGUCAGUGCACAUAGCCGCGUGUUUGCUGACACACUCUGCCCAGGGGGCGUCCAUGGUGAGCACUCCAUUAGUCAAUGCUGCGCGUGUGCACGAAGAACAGUUGAGUGUACACGAGCGCUUUACCGAAGGCUAUCAAUUCACCACUCGAUGUGCACAGACCACACACGAACGCACUGAUGUGGUGCAACGCCUGACGCAGGAGAAGGCCACCACAGCCAAUGCAGGUGACACGCCCCCUGGAGAUGCGGACCCCACAGACACCCCCACGGCUGAGUCCACGUGUUUGAUUGAGGCUGUGCGGUUGGGUGAUGUGGGUCUGGUGAAUGUGGUCAUGGCCCAUGCACAGCCCACCCACUGCGCACUGACUGACUCGCAGGGCUAUACGGCGCUGCACCACGCGGUCCUGUCCCGAAAUGUGCAGGUGCUGGACACCCUGUUGCAGUGGAAUAGAUUCGAUAUCGACGCACAAGACAGUCACGGGCGGACGGCCCUUCUGCACUCCGUUGCCAUUGGUUCUAUAAAUAGCGACUGGACUAUGAGCCAAUGCCUGCUGGCCUAUGGCGCCAACCCAAUGAUCACCCACACACCCAAUCAAAACGCAGCAAAGGACGACCAAAGCCUGUCUCCCAUUGGCUACGCGGUGCGUGCCAACAAAGUGCGUAUAGUGCAGGCGAUGCUCAGCGCCAAGACUCAUCGGAUGGCAAAAAAGGAACCGCAGUCGACCAAAGCGCAGAGCACGGGAUCGCUUGUGUGGGUUCGGUUUGCCGCCAGCUCAGCCGUUUGGACUCUGUGCCGUGUGUACACUGCAAAACAGUCUACGUAUCACGUCAAAGUGAUCAGAGACGAUGCAGAAGUACAAACAGCUGUUGAGCUACCUACACCAAUUGACCGCCACGGUGCGCUGGUGGAAGUGGCCGGCGCAUUCGUCCGGGCUGUGGAUGACCAGGUGGACAUCCUCACAACUGCGCAAUACCAGGCCCUCGUCUUUGAGAUUGAAUACGCCCGAGCCAAAGCUCAAGCCGUAGGCACUUCCAACUCUACGGAGGACACUGCAGCGGACAGUUCUAAAAAUAGCCUCCAAUUGAGUACCGAACAUCGGGAAGCCUUAAACAGUGCACUGUCUGUGGGCCAAAAGGUGUUUGUCAGCGAAUGCAAAGGGCUGCAGCUGCAUGGGGCGGUGAUCGCACACGCCAAUGGCAACGGCACAUACGAAGUACAGCUGUACAGAGGAAUGGUUCGCCGCUGUGACCGCAAACAGCUGCGACCCACACGCACCGACCUACUACUCACCCUGCAGACACCGCUGCCUAAUAAGGCAUCCCUUUUGGCGGGCCAUCCCGAGCGUCUGCUGCAUCUGUGCGUACACCCGGUAUCCUUCGGCUCCUACGACAACGUACACAUGCUUCAAACACUGCUGGACUGUGGAGUGGAUCAGCGCAUGUGUGAUGUGCUGGGGCGUACCUGUGCAGAGGUUGCGGCCAGGGGCAGUGCACUGGCUAAGGCGUUGCAAGUGGCAGACAUGGACGUAGAUGCUGUGCAGGAUGGUGACACUGAUAUGGCCGGUGCGUUCGUUGAUCUUGAAGGUGAUGCUGAGAAGCAGUUGGAGGCGCUACACAGCGCAGGCGCCGAUGGUACAGUGGAGGUGGUGCCCACUGUGAGCAAGGUGUGCGAGCAGCAGAGUGUGGGCUUACAGGUGCUCAAGUGCGGCCAAGAAGACACGGGAAUAUGCGCUUCUACCAGCGCGUACUACGAUGUCACACUCAGCAAAGUGGAUGUGCAGUACGGCACAUAUGGCAAAUACGUCUUCUAUCGCAUGCAAGUGAUUGUGGAUCCGGUGCAGAAGGUAUUCAUCCUACUGACCAAUUGGGGACGUAUCGGUGAGGAUGGCCUGCACCAAGAGACCCCAUUUCAGGACCGGGAGGGUGCAAUCAAUGAGUUCCGAAAGGUGUACAAAAGCAAAACGGGCAAUGAAUGGGCCAACCGAUCGCCGGAGAUGUUCGAGCGCAAACCCAAGAAGUACCAGAUGGUUCGCAGACCACACUCAAAGGUCGAGGAUCCCAGGAGCCUCCUACCAGCUAUUGAGGCGGACGAACACUUACCGAACCCAACACUAAACAAGCACGUGGCAACUGCACUAGCAGCCAUGCUGGAUGUCAAGGCUCUCUCGGCAGCUGCCAAGAGUAUUGGCCUGGACCAGGGGGGUCUGCCAUUGGGUCUAGUGAGUGUGCAGACACUCGCACAGGCCGAGCAAGUACUCACAGAUGUCAGUACAGCCCUCGACGAGUUGACUGCCGCGUGUAACCACCGGGAUAAGACAGUGGACGGUGUACGCACCCACUUCGAACGUGUGGCCAAGCUCACAAAUGAGUUCUAUGAGCUCAUGCCCAUGUCUGAGGGGGCCGGCGGAGCUGUGGAGGCAUUCUCCAGGAAGAACCACAAGACUGCGCUGGGCAAGGCCGUAGAGAUGGUGCGCGUGCUUAAGGAUCUGAGCGUGGCCAGACAGGUGUUGCUGGGAGCUAGGUUGCGAAGGAAGGAAUUGCACCCGUUGGACUAUGCGUACAAGGCCCUGGACAUGCACAUGGAGGUGCUACCUAUCACCCAUCCCGAAGCCCAAUGCCUACUGGCCUAUAUCGACAACACGUCCGAUGGGUAUAGCGACAUGGUGGUGAACAAUAUAUUCUCUCUGACCCGCAACAGUGCGGGUGUGUGUGACCCGACAGGGGCUGUAGGUAACAAGCAGCUGUUGUUCCAUGGCUCCAAGACCACUAAUCUGUGCGGCAUCAUCAAGCAAGGCUUACGCAUUGCCCCGCCGGACGCGCCCAGGACAGGCCUGGCAUACGGCAAAGGGGUGUACUUUGCGGAUCAAAUGUCCAAGUCUCUGGGUUACAGCUCGGUCCUACAGAACAACAACGCAAGCACUACUCAGCCUAGAGCUUACGUCUUCGUCGCUGAGGUGGCCGUUGGUAAGCUAUGA